CUGUAUUUACUAACCAAGUCGAUCUUUUUUAAUAGUAUUCUAUUAUUAUCAUGGUUGCGAAAUUCAUAAAACUGGCAGAACCGCACAUCAGAUAAGUUAAUCAGCUUCAAAUAAGGCUGUAAAAUGUAAAAUAUUACAAACCGUAUACAAUCGUCCCCCAAAGUAUAUUUGUAGCUGAGUGGGUGUCCUGGCCUUCACCAGCCUCGAUAAAACUAUACUGAAAACAAAAAAAGAGAUCAAAAUAGGUUUGGAAUGAAAAAUUUUCACCCAAAUCAAAUCUCAUUAUCCUUCGUUUCCAGGUAUAAUGACGGCAGAGUUCACUUGGCCCGUAAACAUACCUAGAAUGUCACUAGUUUUUAUUAAACAUAUGUAAAUGAUUUGUAUAGCAGGCUAAACAAUUGGCUCCUUCGCGAAAUGUUUGUCACCGAAGCAUACUAGUUUAACAAGGAGAAUCACCCCAACUGCGUUAAAUGACAUACACUAUAGGAGACCGGAAGAUCCACUUGGAGCUGGAAGGACUCAGUGAAGCCGACAAGGUUCUACUACUGUCACAUCUGCGACUCUUCAAAUAUUGCUUGAAUAAUGCCAUUUACAAACUCUUGCUCAACUUGAAGAAUAUUGUUCACCUAUACAGUGAUAUCAUUAUAAUUUACGGGACGUUGUUGAAAAAGAUUCCGAACUAUGAGGAUGUAACUGUCAAGACUGCCAAGUCAAAAAGCCACAUCACCGCCUUGGAAUCUGAGUUUAACACGAUAUUUGGACCAUACGGUACAGAGCAGGUGUUGAUGAAUAAUAAAUGGCAAACAAAAUCUUACGAGGAUAUCAUCAAACCCAUGACUUCCAACCUACUAGAAAUCGCCCAGGCCACCUUUGAUGAUGUAUAUCUGACGCUAUACUGUAUUGACUUCUUCUUCGAGAAGUUCGAUAACCUCAAGAAGUUGCUGAUUCCAUUUUUACUAGUACAAACCAAAUCAGUGAUUAACUCCGUCAAAAAGCUGUUGUAUCUUGUAAACUUAUCCACAAUUGCUGACCACUUGAACUCCAUUGAAGAUAUCAAUCCCAGCAUAUUGAGACAACUCAGAAAGAUAGAGAAGAUUACCUCUGGUUUCGAAAAGGAAUCAUUGGUGUUGGAGAAAUGCUUCAAAACGUAUGAUCCAUCUCUUCAGCAAUAUACCAACAUAUUACUUGGAAAAGCCAUUUUGAAAAGAGAAAUCAAUCCUACAGACUGCCAGAUCAUCAAGAGACGUAACGUGUGUUUCGAGGCGGCUGAACAUGUCAUAUCCAUCCCGUUAUCAGAGAACCAACUCGAUAGUUCCAUGAAGAUCUUAAGGAAUUAUUUCUUGUAUGUUGCAUUGGCGUUUGCAUUACUAAUAAUCACCGCCAUUUAUAGAUUGUUUCGAGUUCUUUUUGCAUAGGUGCCACUAUCAAGUGUUACCUUCUUUGUAUAAUACUUAUAGUAUAAUUACAGCUAUACACUU